AUGUCUGCUACAACACUCUCCACUUCCUUCUCGUCCGGGGAUACUACUACCGCCAUCAUCAUUCCUGGCAAGCAGCCUCUUACUAUAUCGUACCAAAACCUUUCUGCUGAAAUUUUAUCAUUUCAAAAGAAACUUGCCAAACUCGGUGUCACUCCAGAAGCGGCCGUGUCGAUCGCUCUUCCCAAUACUUACGAAUUUAUCGUUGCUUUCCUAGCCAGCGCCUGGCAAAGAGGUAUCGCGGCUCCUCUCAAUGCGGCAUAUAAGCAGGAGGAGUUUGAGUUCUAUAUCGAUGACCUGAAAUCCGCGGUGGCACUAGUGCCAAAAGGAUCGUUCGAAAAGGAUGGUGCUGCGGUGAAAGCUGCAAGAAAAUACAAAGCAGCAAUUGCGGAAUGCUAUUGGAAUGGACAAGAAGUGGUGCUCGAUGUGAAAGACGAGGGGAAGCUGAAAGGGAAAGGAAACCAAAAAGUUGAGCAGGCUCAACCUGACGAUGUCGCCUUGGUCCUCCAUACUAGUGGUACAACUGGACGACCAAAGGCAGUGCCAUUGACACACAAGAACCUUACAAGGACAAUGAAAAACAUCAAAGAUACAUAUCAGCUUUCGCCCGCUGAUAGGACGAUGCUUGUUAUGCCACUUUUCCAUGUCCACGGGUUGCUGGCGGGCUUCUUGGCACCGUUGUACUCAGGCGGUUCAGUCAUCGUCCCUCUCAAGUUCUCUGCAUCCGAAUUCUGGGACGAUUUCAUCACGCACAAGGCGAAUUGGUAUACGGCAGUUCCAACCAUUCAUCAGAUCUUGCUUAAGAAUCCGCCUCCAACUACAAAGCCUAAUAUCCGGUUCAUUAGAUCGUGUUCGUCUCCCUUGUCACCAACAACCUUCCAUCAAUUGGAGGAGACAUACAAUGCUCCGGUUUUAGAAGCAUAUGCCAUGACAGAAGCUGCCCACCAGAUGACCUCCAACCCUCUGCCACCAGGAAAACGCCAACCGGGAAGCGUAGGUAUUGGGCAAGGUGUAGAAGUCGCGAUUCUCGACCAGGAGGGGAAGAAAGUGAAACAGGGGUCGGAAGCCGAAAUCUGUAUUCGUGGAGAGAAUGUUACUAAAGGAUAUUUAAACAAUCCCGAAGCGAAUAAGUCUUCCUUCACGAAGGACGGGUAUUUCAGAACUGGCGAUCAAGGAAAACUCGACAAGGAUGGAUAUGUGAUCAUUACUGGCCGAAUUAAGGAGCUGAUCAACAAAGGUGGUGAGAAAAUCAGCCCAAUUGAGCUUGAUAACGUACUUGCCAGACACCCGAAAGUCAGCGAGGCUGUCAGUUUCGCUAUCCCUGAUGAAAUGUACGGUCAGGAUGUCGGCGUUGCAAUUGUGCCUAAAAGUGGAGAGAAUUUGGGCGAGAAAGAAUUGAGAGAAUGGGUCUCGCAGAAGGUUGCCAAAUUCAAGAUUCCCAAAAAGAUUUACUUUACGGACAACAUGCCUAAAACAGCAACUGGAAAAAUCCAAAGGCGUAUCGUUGCAGACACGAUGAUGAAGCAAGACCAACCUAAAGCCAAGCUAUGA